AUGGUGCGUGUAGAAAUUGGCGGCAGGCCCAUCAUUGAUGUUGACACCCGUCCGGGAGAUGUCGGGCGCCUCAAGCAACAGAUCCGGCAGAGGAUAAGGGGAGGUGGUCGGAGUGUCCAUCUGAGCUGGACGACGACCACUCCUCGGCUUGUCCUGACAAGUGACACUGAAGAUUUUGAUCCGACGAUCAUAUCAUACUUCCAGGAGGAAGGUUUUCAGCUGAGCUAUCUCCAAUAUACAGGAGAUAAGGCGUCUUAUAUGGCACAGCUGCAACACUUACAAGACCCCUUGGAGCUGGGGGAGCGCUACGCCAUCGUAGCGUACGGCGACGCCGCAAGCCUGGUUCUGGAAGCCUGUAUGAAGCCCAUGCCCAAGCUUGUUGCCGUAGUCGCCUACUACCCAGACCAUGUCCCGAAGACCACAACCGGUUUCCCUCCGACCCUGAAUGUGUUGAUCCACUUGGCCGCUUCGCAGAGAUGGGGCACCCGGUUCCCGUCGUACCGCUAUGAGAAUACCGAGCCCGGGUUCGCCGAACACGACCUGGACGAGUUCGACAAGAUCGGUGCCUCGUUGGCCUGGUCCCGAACACUUGGUGUGCUUCGCUUGGCCUUCGACAUCGAGGGACCAGACAUCGAAACCAUCUGGGAAGCUCACACGCGACUCGAGUUUGGGGAGAAGGACGCCGACAAGACCAUGGCGACCAUGGUGCCUCAGCCGUACGUGAACCAUGUGCCCACCAUGACGGGCGGGAUCGGACACGACCAGCUUCGCCGGUUCUACGACGAAUUUUUCAUGCCCAACAACCCACCAGACAUGCGGAUCAGGCUGCUGAGCCGGACCGUGGGCGUCAACAGGGUGGUCGACGAGAUGUUCGUAUCCUUCACCCACACCACCGAGAUCCCCUGGAUGCUGCCCGGCGUGCCGCCCACGGACAAAAAAGUGGAAGUGGUGCUAGUAAGCGUGGUGGCCUUCCGUGGUGGCAGGCUGUUCCACGAGCACAUCCACUGGGACCAGGCGACCGUGCUCGUGCAGAUCGGACUGCUGGAUCCGAAAUACGUUCCCAAGACGUUCAAGACAGCCGAGGAAGGGCGGGAGGAUGAGGUCGAGAGGCUGCCUGUUUGGGGAAGGGAGGCCGCGAGGAAGGUUCUGGACGAGGACAGUUCGCAGAGCAACGAGCUGAUUCCAGAUUGGUGA